AGGAAUAGAUUGUGAACAUGUAGCGAGAUUAUUGAGAGAAAUGGAGCUUGAAAAUCUAAAAGAUGAACGUAAACGUCAUUUCAAGUUAUUAUUACAAGACAAUAAUAAGAUGCAUUUCGUUUGGAAUGAGCUUAAAUCAUUAGUAGAUGCUAAUAUUUUGCAUAAUAAAUUUAAAGAACAGACAGACUGGAAGAAAAAAGCUUUAAGCAAUAUAGGCACUAUAAAAGAAAAAAUUAAGGAUGAAAAUACCUCAACGCAUGAACGUCUUUUUGCAAAAUUAUGUAAAGUAGAUAUUGAAGGCUUAACCUGUGAUGAUCCUCUGUAUAUUAGCGUAAUCGAUCUCGGCUCAGAUAAAUAUAAACUCUUUGAAAGCGAUUAUGACGUUCUUGUAGGACAAAAGGCCGGCAUUAUAAGACUAAACAAAGAUGCAUUGAUUAAAAAUGUGUGCGCUAAUUUUGUCAUAAAAAGAGAAGAGGCUCAACGCCUAUAUAAAUUUGUACUAGCACCUACAGAAUUAGUAAUGCACGACCAAUGGGUAGAGCAGAACCACGAUAGAGAACGGGUAGCAAAAGGCAUCACGGAUGUUUUACUACAAGAAAUAAAAACUGAUAUACUUCGUCGGGUUGAUAAAGGUUUAGAAAAUACGCUUGUAGGAAGCAUUGCUCGUCUUAUAGAUGCGACUAUGUACCGUUUGCCCAUUGGAUGUGAAAUUGAGGUGACCAGAGGUGAGCGCCAAAGUAUAGCAAGUAAAAAUCGAAAAGUGAAACAGUCAGACGGCGCAAGAGGAGAUAAACCUGAUUUAAUGAUUCGGGCAUUUCUCAGGCAAAAGUGGAACGAGGUUGUAUAUUUUGAAAGUGGUAGAUGGAGUUCUACAGAUAAGAAGAAACAGGAUGAUCAUAAUAAGUUAGCCCAAUUAUGUUUAGAUGGUUAUAAAGAGAUCAAGAAAAAAUGCGUGAAACAGCUUCUCCAUGAGCGUUAUAUCGCAUUUGGUGUCAAUAUAGCAGGGGAGUAUAUUGUAAUACAUGGACUAGUAUGGGAAAAGGAUGUUAGAUAUUAUCUUCCUAUUGCAAGGGCGAAGAUUCCUUUUAAUAACGAGUCAACUGAAGAGGUGGAGGAAUUUAUUCAUUCUCUAAUGGUUUUACGAAAUGGGUUAAUUGUGAACUUACAGAACUUAACUAACAGUUUUCAGACAAGAACCAAAAG